UUUUCUUUCAUUUUAAAAAAUCUGUUUUAGUGGUAAAAUGGCUCUAUAAAUCUAUAUUUUAUCAAGCGUAUAAAGACAACUAUGGGGUCAGGAAUUUAGCUAAGUGGUUCCGCUGCCUGCCUUGCAAGCUCAAGGACCAGAGUUCGAUCCCCAGUACCAAAAGAAAGAAAGACAGACAGACAACUAUGAAAUGACUUUUAUAAAGGGAAUCCCCGGCUGAAUUUAAGCAUCUGCCCACUUAGGUUCUGAACUCCAUGUUUUCCGACAAUUUGUAAUUGCCCUGUCUUUUUUUCCCUCUGGAACCUUGAAAAAAGUUGUCCCUGCAGGUCUGCCGGUUGUGGAGGGGCGCUUGCUUUCCCACCCGUGCACAGGCAGAGAUGCGGCUACUCCUGCUCCUGCCCCUCCUGGUGGUCUGGGCGCCCGGGUCCUCGGCUCCUGAGGCCCGGCAGCAGAGUGACACCUGGGGCCCCUGGGGUGAGUGGAGCCCCUGCAGCCGGACCUGCGGAGGGGGUAUCAGCUUCCGGGAGCGGCCCUGCUAUUCCCAGAGGAAGGAUGGAGGCCCCAGCUGCGUGGGCCCCGCCCGGAGCCACCGCAUUUGCCGCACAGAGAGCUGUCCAGAGGGUGCGCGGGACUUCAGGGCCGAGCAGUGUGCUGAGCUGGACGGCGCCUUGUUCCACGGCCGUCGGUAUCGGUGGCUGCCCUACUACGGCGCCCCAAACAAGUGCGAGCUGAACUGCAUCCCUGAAGGGGAGAACUUUUACUACAAGCACCGGGAGGCUGUGCUGGACGGGACACCCUGUGACCCCAGCAGACGGGACGUCUGUGUGGAUGGCCACUGCCGGGUUGUCGGCUGUGACCAUGAGCUGGACUCAUCCAAGGAGGAGGACAAGUGUCUGCAGUGUGGAGGCGACGGCACAACCUGCUACCCUGUCACAGGCACCUUUGCUGCCAAUGACCUCAGUAGAGGCUACAACCGGAUCUUCAUCAUUCCCGCCGGUGCGACCAGCAUCCGCAUCGAGGAGGCCACGGCCAGCAGGAACUUCCUGGCCGUGAGGAGCGUCCGUGGGGAGUAUUACCUCAAUGGGCACUGGGCCAUCUCAGAGGCCAAGGCCCUGCCGGUGGCCAGCACCAUCCUGCACUACGAACGGGGUUCCGAGGGCGACCUGGCCCCUGAGCGGCUCCAGGCCCGCGGCCCCACCUCAGAGCCCCUGAUUAUUGAGCUCAUCAGCCAGGAGGCCAACCCCGGAGUGCACUACGAGUACUACCUGCCCCUGCGCAGCCCUGAGUCCAGCCAAGGCUUCAGCUGGAGCCACACCUCGUGGGGCGACUGCAGUGCGGAGUGCGGUGGAGGCCACCAGUCCCGCCUGGUGUUCUGCACCAGCGACAAGGAGGUCUACCCCUCCCACAUGUGCCAGCGCCAUCCUCGGCCAGCUGACCACCGCUCCUGCAACUCCCACCCUUGCCCGCAGACCAAGCGGACCCCUUACCUGUACCAGCCUGGAGCGUGGCGCCAUGCUGGGGCCCAGCAUGUGUGUGGGAACAGCUGGAAGAUAGGGCCGUGGGCUCCCUGCUCUGCCUCCUGUGGGGGCGGCGUCCAGUCCCGCUCUGUCUACUGUGUCUCGUCUGACGGCGCUGGAGGCCAGGAGGCUGCCGAGGAGGCUGAGUGUGCCGGCCUGCCUGGGAAGCCCCCUUCCACACAGGCUUGCAACCUGCAGCGCUGUGCAGCCUGGAGCGCCGGGCCCUGGGGAGAGUGUUCUGUCACCUGCGGUGCUGGCAUCCGGAGGCGGAGUGUGACUUGCCGGGGUGACCAAGGGUCCCUGUUCCCUGCCUCGGCAUGUUCCUUGGAGGACCGACCACCCAUCAUGGAGACCUGUGUGCAAGCAGCCUGUCCCCUUCUCAGUGACCAGGCCUGGCGUGUCAGUGCCUGGGGUUUAUGCUCCAAGAGCUGCAGCUCCGGCAUUCGGAAGCGACAGGUCAUCUGUGCCAUCGGGCCACCCAGCCACUGUAGGAACAUGCAGCAGUCGAAGCCCAGAGACGUGGAGCACUGUAACAUGCAGCCCUGCCAUCUUCCUCAGGAGGUCCCCAGUGUGCAGGACUCGCAUGCGCACCCCAGGGGCCCCUGGAUGCCUUUGGGUCCUCGGAAGACGCUCGCCUCAGAUUCCAGAGACCAGCGACCCUGGGUCCCGAACAGAUCCAGGGGACUCCCUGACUCCCCGCCUUCACCUCCGGGCCAAACACCAUCUCUGCAGCAGCCCCCAAGGUCUGGCUUGAGGGCCCACAACUGCAGACACAGCACCUACGGGUGCUGCCCUGAUGGCCACACAGCAUCUCUUGGGCCACAAGGGCAAGGCUGUCCCCGGACUGAGGCCUGGUGUCAGCAGAGCAGGUAUGGGUGCUGCCCUGACGGGGUGUCUGCAGCCAAGGGGCCCCAGCAGGCUGGCUGUGGGAGGUCUUAUGGCAGUGACAACGCUGGAAGGAGGCCAGGGUCCAAGGAGGUGCCUUCUACUGCCUCCAAAGUCCACAGGCCCCAGGCCCAGCAGAAUGAACCCACUGAGUGUCGGGGCUCCCAGUUUGGCUGUUGCUAUGACAACAUGGCCUCUGCGGCUGGCCCCCUUGGAGAAGGGUGCACGGGGCAGCCCAGCUCUGCCUACCCAGUGCGGUGCCUGCUGCCCAGUGCCCAUGGCUCUUGUGCAGACUGGGCCCCCCGCUGGUACUUCAUCCCCUCCGUGGGCCUGUGUAACCGCUUCUGGUACGGCGGCUGCCAUGGCAAUGCCAACAACUUCGCCUCAGAGCAGGAGUGCAUGGACAGCUGCCGGGGUGCCCAGCAUGGGCCCCACCUCCCAGAGCCUGCGGCCACUGGCCUGGGCACCCACACAGAUGGCCGUGGCAGUGGUGCCAGAGGACGGCAGGAGACCAACAGGCACAGGCCGGGGGACACAGACCAGAGACUGUCCCCGUCUUCUGGAGGCCCCUGGCGAAGAGAGCAGGAGCCUUUGCCAGGGGAGACCCACCCAACCCGGACCUUUGGGGAAUGGCCUGGAGGCCAGGAGAUUGGACACAGGACCCCGGGACUGGGCAGAGACUCCAGAUGGCCAGUGCCACCUUCUCCCAGCUCCUCUUACAGGAUCAGCUUGGCCGGCUCAGGGCCCUCCGAGGUGCAGGCAGCCAUGGGACAGCAGAUACAGCUCUUCUGUCCCGCUGACGUCUCCCGGGAAUCCCAGGCUGGCUGGCAGAAAGAUGGCCAGCCCAUCUCUUCUGACAGGCACCAGCUGCAGUCUGACGGCUCCCUGGUCAUCGGCCCCCUUCGGGCAGAGGAUGCUGGCGUCUAUAGCUGUGGCGGCAACAGGCCAGGCCGUGACCCUCAGAGGAUCCAGCUUCGAGUCACAGGGGGUGACUUAGCAGUGCCAUCUGAGAGUGAGCCAAGGCACUUCCCUCGGACCAGGGACCCAGCCCGAGGCCAAGGGGAAGGUACAGGAGUCCCCUCUUCACAGCCACGACCUGCAACUAGGCUGCGUCUGGACCACACCCAGCCUGGGGUGGUGGACACCAACCCGGGCCAGCAGGUCCGGCUGAGCUGCCGGGCUGAAGGUUUCCCAUCCCCGGUCAUCCAGUGGCAGAGAGACGGACAGCCCGUCGCCUCCCCCAGACACCAGGUGCAGCCAGAUGGUUCUUUGGUCAUCAGCCGAGUGGCUGUAGAAGACGGUGGCUUCUACGCCUGUGUCGCUUUCAAUGGGCAGUACCAAGACCAGCGCUGGGUCCAGCUCAGAGUUCUGGGAGAGCUGACAAUCACAGGGUUGCCGCCGAGUAUGACAGUGUCAGAGGGUGACACUGCCAGGCUGUCUUGCGUGGUGGGAGAUGCAAGUGCGAACAUCAGAUGGUCCAGGAAUGGGGUACCAGUGCAGGCUGAUGGUCACCGAGUGCACCAGUCCCCGGAUGGCACACUGCUCAUCCACAACCUGCGGGCCCAGGAUGAAGGCUCCUACACCUGCAGUGCCUACCGUGGGAGCCAGGCGGUCAGCCGCAGCACCGAGGUGAAGGUGGCCGUGCCAGCAGCAACCACCCAGCCCAGGGAAGCUGGUGGUGGGGAGUGCAUCGAUCAGCCGGAGCUGGCCAACUGUGACUUGAUCCUGCAGGCACAGCUCUGUGGCAACGAGUAUUACUCCAGCUUCUGCUGCGCCAGCUGUGCCCGCUUCCAGCCCCGUGCUCGGCCUGCCCAGCAGCAGGGAUGA